AUGGCCGUCAUCUCGGACGCAAAGCGCCUCGCCGCCUACGCCGCCGUCGACGAGCACGUCAAGCCCCAGCACAAGGUUAUCGGCAUCGGCUCGGGCUCGACCGUCCCGUACGUCGUCGAGCGCCUGUGCCAGCCGCCGCACAACAACUCGAACAGUGACCGCUGGUACAUCCCGACGGGCUUCCAGUCCAAGGAGCUCAUCGUCAAGGCGGGCCUCAACCUCGGCGACGUCGACCAGUUCCCGACCAUCGACGUGACGAUUGACGGCGCCGACGAGGUCGACGACGAGCUCAACGCGAUCAAGGGAGGCGGCGCGUGUCAGCUCAGAGAGAAGGUCCUCGCCGAGGCCGCCACGCACUUUAUCAUCGUCGCCGACUCACGCAAGGAUUCAAAGAUCCUCGGUCACGCGUGGAAGCAGGGCGUCCCGAUCGAGGUGGCCCCGUUCGCGUGGGCAAAGGUCUUUGUCAACUUGCAGAAGAUGGGCUGCGAGAACCCGGCGCUGCGCAUGGGCAAGAUGAAGGCCGGCCCGGUCGUGACCGACAACGGCAACUUUGUCAUCGACGCCGUCUUCUCCGAAUCCUACAUGCGCGACCCGGCCGAGCUCCUGCACCGCAUCAAGAUGCUCACGGGCGUCCUCGAGGUCGGCCUUUUCGUCGGCAUGGCCGAGGCGGCGUACUUUGGCUACCCGGACGGGACGGUGCUCGCGAGGUGGCAGGACGGGAGGAGACAGAAAGUCGACGCGUCCAAGGGCCUCGAGAUCGCGGCGCAGGGCAAGAAGGUCUGAGCGCGGCGUGCGGCGUGCGGCGCGAGAUGGUCCGGCGAGCGAGGAGGUCUGUAUGUACAGGGUGGGCGAGCGGGUGCAACGAGGGCUUACGAGUCGAGCGAGUUUG